UUACUCUUCUUUGCCCUCCUCUCCUCCUCCCCUCCUAUAUGAGAGCCAGAGAGAGAGUUCCCCUGAGAGAUAUGGUGUCAAGAAAGUGUUUUUGAGAUUUGGGAACUGUUAUUGAUUGCCGGUCGAGCAAAAUAUAAGAAAGUUGGUGCGUGUCACAGAGAAAGAGAGAACCUGACUUGGUGUGGCCAUGGUUUCCUCCUCCUUUCUCGAUUUACAGGAUGGUGGUUUUUCUUAAAUUCCCAACGACUUCUGACGGCAUUUAAUACCUGCUUCAGAUGGGGAGGAGUAAUGAAGAGAGAGACGGAGGAAAGAGAGGAGGAAGACGAAGCACAUAGUUAGCAAGAGAGAGACAGACAGAGAGUAAGAGAGGGAGAUGGUGGAAUCACAAAACAGUCUGGCGCCAUAAAGAAGAGACUCACCUUUCCCACCACCACUGCCUCCCUUGCUAUAAAACCUCCUCACCAUCCCACCCCCUCUUUAACAUCUUCCACCACCUCACAUAAGCGGUUUCCCGGCCUCUGUCUACCUCCUUCUGUUUCUCUUUCCUUCUCCUUCCUCCUGUCCCGACUAGAUAGCUUCGGUAGCACUAGAACUGCCAUUUUCAUAGGGAAAAAUCCAUCUGGAUCCCUUGUCAUUUUGUUCCUGAGAUAAGUCGAUCUUCUGCCGGUCCUUGGUGUCUUUCCGGCGACAUUUUCUGGGGAACGGCGAGGUGGGCACCUGCUGAAACAAGCAAGUUUGGUGCUAGGGGCUUCUCCUCGUCGAGUUCCUCUCGUCUUCAUGUGAGUCUUCCAGCAGCUUGGUUCCUGGUUUUCUGGCUCUUGGCUUUGGCUUUACUUGAGGUCACGUAUAAUUUACAGUAGACGAGUCUGCCAGUUUGGUUUCUGGCUAGGUUAGCUCUUCUUUUCCCGUUGCAGCCGGAUAGCGGUUUGCCGGCAGUCUUUCAUUUUUUCCUGGCGAACUUCAGCUUUUUGGAAUUGACGAACUCAGUCCUCCAAAGCAAGCAUAAAUUUUUUUCGGCUUUGCUUCCUUAAGAAAUAAGAAGAAAAGGCUCGAUUUUUUCCUGUUUUUCGUCCUGUUUCCCGGUGAGUUUGUUCGUAGAGAAAGCGGUUUCCCGGCGAGAAGCAUACCCUGCCGUGAGGCCAAGCGGAUUCAGUCCUCAACUUGCACUGGCAUGACACUCCACCGCAAAGUUUGACGCCUAGCAUCUCCAACAAGCACGGACUUCCGACUGUCCGGUUCCUCGUUUUCCGGCGACCAAACCCGAGUGGGUUCCUGGCUUUCCGAACUUGCCCGGCCUCAAGAUGGACAUCUCGACGGUGCUGCUGGUCUUCUCGGCCAUCACUGCCUACUUCAUCUGGUUCCUCUUCUUGGCAGGAUCCAUGACCGGCCCACGCGUGUGGCCGAUCGUCGGCAGCAUGCCGGGGCUGAUCAGGAACGCCGCCCGGAUGCACGACUGGAUCGCUGACAAUCUCCGGACGUGCGGCGGCACGUACCAGACGUGCAUCCUGGCCAUCCCCUUCCUCGCUCGCCGGCAAGGCCUGGUCACGGUCACCUGCGACCCCAAGAACCUGGAGCACAUCCUCAAGACCCGAUUCGACAACUACCCAAAAGGCCCCACCUGGCAGGCGGUCUUCCACGACCUUCUGGGCCAGGGCAUCUUCAACUCAGACGGCGAUACAUGGCGGUUCCAACGGAAGACGGCCGCGCUGGAAUUCACCACCCGCACCCUCCGCCAGGCCAUGUCCCGCUGGGUCGGCCGCUCCAUCAAACUCCGCCUCUGCCCCAUCCUUGCCUCCGCCUCCGCCGAAGCCCGGCCCGUCGACCUCCAGGACCUUCUCCUUCGUCUCACCUUCGACAACAUCUGCGGGCUGGCCUUCGGCCGCGACCCGGAGACGCUGUCGCCGGACAUGCCUGAGAACCCGUUCGCCGUCGCCUUCGACCGCGCCACGGAGGCGUCGCUCAACCGGUUCAUCUUGCCGACGUUCGUCUGGAAGCUGAAGAAGUGGUUGCAGCUGGGCACGGAGUCAAGCCUUCAGGACAGCUUGCAGGUCAUCGACACGUACCUGUCGGAGGUCAUCAAGGCCCGGAAGCUGGAGCUGGCGCGCAAGCCGGAGCGCGCGCCCCAGGACGACCUUCUCUCAAGGUUCAUGCAGAAGACCGGCGAGUCUUACAGUGAUGCUUUCCUCCAGAAGGUGGCCCUCAACUUCAUCCUGGCCGGCCGCGACACGUCGUCGGUGGCGCUCAGCUGGUUCUUCUGGCUGAUGUGCAGGAACCCGCGGGUCGAGCAACUGAUCAUCGACGAGAUCUCGGCGGUGCUGACAGAGUCACGCGGUGCUGACACCCAGCAGUGGCUGGAUGAGCCGCUGACGUACCAGGAGGUGGACAAGUUGAUCUACCUCAAGGCCGCACUCUCGGAGACCCUCCGGCUGUAUCCUUCCGUCCCGCAAGACUCGAAGCACGUCGUAGCCGACGACUUUCUGCCGGACGGGACCUUCAUGCCGGCUGGUUCGGCGGUGACUUACUCCAUUUACUCGGUCGGCCGGAUGGAAACCAUCUGGGGGGCGGACUGCCUGGAAUUCAGGCCGGAGAGGUGGUUGGCAGCUGACAAAAAGCGGUUCGAGUCGCCGGACUGCUACACCUUCGUUGCAUUCAAUGGUGGACCGAGGCUUUGCCUGGGCAAGGAUCUGGCUUACUUGCAGAUGAAGUCCAUAGCCGCUGCAGUUCUCCUGAGGCAUAAGCUGAGCCUGGCCCAUGGCCACCAAGUGGAGCAGAAGAUGUCAUUGACGCUUUUCAUGAAGCAUGGACUCAAGGUCAAUUUACACAAGCGGGAGCUAAUGGCUGUCGGUCAGCAAAGAGGUUAAUGGUGAGUAAAAGAGAGAGUUGUUAAUAUAUAAUGUCAUUGCAAUGGCUCAUGCAAGAUGGUUUUUGGGUUUUUUUGUUUCUUUUAUUGUUUUAACUUUUGGUUUUUGUUUAAAGAGAAUGAAUAAGGAAAAUAGUGUGGUGGGAAGACAUUACUGAAAAUUUAUUAUUUAGAAAUGUGGGAGAAAGUGAUUUGAUUGUUUAUAAUGAGCUAGAGAAACCUCCUAAACCUCAACAGGUUUUUCAUACUCAUAUUCUGUACUCAAAUUUAUGAGAUGAAUGGCUAAGUACCUGUGUUUGGCAUGUAUAAACCAGAUUAGUAAA